AUGGGUGAUGAAAAGGACUCUUGGAAAGUGAAAACUUUAGAUGAAAUUCUUCAGGAAAAGAAACGACGGAAGGAACAAGAGGAGAAAGCAGAGAUAAAACGCUUAAAAAAUUCUGAUGACCGGGAUUCCAAGCGGGAUUCCCUGGAGGAGGGGGAGCUGAGGGACCACCGCAUGGAGAUAACGAUAAGGAACUCACCGUAUAGAAGAGAGGGCUCCAUGGAGGACAGAGGAGAGGAAGAUGAUUCUUUGGCUAUCAAACCACCCCAGCAAAUGUCUCGGAAAGAAAAAGCUCAUCACAGGAAAGACGAAAAGAGAAAAGAGAAACGUAGGCACCGUAGUCAUUCCGCAGAAGGGGGGAAGCACGCCCGGGGGAAGGAGAAGGAGAGAGAGCACGAGCGCCGCAAACGGCACCGAGAGGAGCAGGACAAGGCCCGGCGGGAGUGGGAGCGACAGAAGCGCAGGGAGCUGGCGCGGGAGCACUCCCGGAGGGAGAGGGACCGCCUCGAGCAGCUAGAAAGGAAGCGAGAACGGGAGCGCAAGAUGCGGGAGCAGCAGAAGGAGCAGAGGGAGCAGAAGGAGCGGGAGCGGCGGGCCGAGGAGCGGCGCAAGGAGCGGGAGGCCCGGCGGGAAGUGUCUGCACAUCACCGGACAGCGAGAGAGGACUAUGGCGACAAGGUGAAAGCCAGCCACUGGAGUCGGAGCCCACUCCGGCCGCCUCGAGAGAGGUUUGAGCUCGGGGACAGUCGGAAGCCAGUAAAAGAAGAGAAAGUGGAAGAGAGAGACCUGCUGUCCGACCUGCAGGACAUCAGCGGCAGCGAGAGGAGGACCAGCUCAGCGGAGUCCUCGUCAGCGGAGUCAGGGUCCGGUUCCGAGGAGGAGGAGGAAGAGGAGGAGGAGGAAGAGGAGGAGGAGGAGGACGCGGACCGCGUUUCUGCUUGUGGAGGGUCUGAGGUGACGCCCGUCUCCGUUGCAGAGGAAGUGAGUGAAGAGGAAAUGAGUGAAGAGGAGGAGCGAGAGGAUGAACACCGCGUCUUGGCUGUUCCAGAGUCACGAUUUGACCGCGAUUCUGGAGAGAGCGAAGAGGGGGAAGAGGAGGUGGGCGAGGGCACGCCCCAGAGCAGCGCCCUCACCGAGGGGGACUUCGUGCCCGACUCCCCAGCCCUGUCACCCAUCGAGCUCAAACAGGAGCUGCCCAAGUACCUGCCAGCCCUGCAGGGCUGUCGGAGUGUGGAGGAAUUCCAGUGCCUGAACAGGAUCGAAGAAGGCACUUACGGGGUGGUGUACAGAGCAAAGGACAAGAAAACAGAUGAAAUCGUGGCUCUGAAGCGGCUAAAGAUGGAGAAGGAGAAGGAAGGCUUCCCGAUCACAUCGCUGAGGGAGAUCAACACCAUUCUCAAGGCGCAGCACCCCAACAUCGUCACCGUCAGGGAAAUCGUCGUGGGCAGCAACAUGGACAAGAUCUACAUCGUGAUGAACUAUGUGGAGCACGACCUCAAGAGCCUCAUGGAGACCAUGAAGCAGCCCUUCCUGCCGGGAGAGGUGAAGACCCUGAUGAUCCAGCUGCUGCGUGGAGUGAGGCACCUGCACGACAACUGGAUCCUGCACCGGGACCUCAAGACGUCCAACCUGCUGCUGAGCCACGCCGGCAUCCUCAAGGUGGGGGACUUCGGGCUGGCGCGGGAGUAUGGGUCCCCUUUGAAGGCCUACACCCCGGUGGUCGUGACCUUGUGGUACCGUGCCCCCGAGCUGCUGCUCGGUGCCAAGGAGUACUCCACGGCCGUGGACAUGUGGUCGGUGGGCUGCAUCUUUGGGGAGCUGCUGACUCAGAAGCCGCUGUUCCCUGGGAAGUCGGAAAUCGAUCAAAUCAACAAAGUGUUCAAGGACCUGGGGACCCCCAGUGAGAAGAUCUGGCCCGGCUACAACGACCUCCCCGCGGUCAAGAAGAUGACCUUCACCGAGUACCCGUAUAACAACCUCCGCAAGCGCUUCGGGGCACUGCUCUCAGACCAGGGCUUCGACCUCAUGAACAAGUUUCUGACCUACUUCCCAGGACGGAGGGUCAGUGCAGAGGACGGCCUCAAGCACGAGUAUUUCCGCGAGACCCCCCUCCCCAUCGACCCCUCCAUGUUCCCCACGUGGCCUGCCAAGAGCGAACAGCAGAGGGUGAAGCGGGGCACCAGCCCCCGGCCCCCAGAGGGAGGCCUGGGCUACAGCCAGCUGGGUGACGAUGACCUGAAGGAGACGGGCUUCCACCUCACAACCACAAACCAGGGGGCCUCGGCCGCGGGCCCAGGCUUCAGCCUCAAGUUCUGAGGCUCAGAGCUGACCCCGGACCCACCUUGGGGAGCGCCGACCGCUGAGGCCCAGCUGGGACAGCGGCAGACACUGGAGGCGGCGUCUG